GCGAGGGGGAAGAGCGCAGCGCGGGGCGCGGAGAGCUCCGGGGCUGGGUCUGCCAGGGAGCUGGGCACUGGGACCGCGGUGGUGCUGGCGGCGGCGGGCGAUGCUGCUGCUGCCUGCUUACCCCAGGCUCCACUGCUGGGGGUGAAGGCUUAGCCAAGCCGAAGCCAACAGGCAAGAGAGUCCGAAACGGGACUGGAGUUGGAGGAGAGAGAGAGAGGGAAAGAGGAGGAGGUGGUGGAGGAGGAUGGGCUGCGGGGGGAGUCGCGCCGAUGCCAUUGAGCCCCGCUACUACGAGAGCUGGACCCGAGAGACCGAGUCCACCUGGCUGACUAACACGGACACCGACCUGCAGCUCUCGGCAACCGCUACAGCCGCCGGGCUCAGCCCGGGGGAACCCGACAGCGGCCCAGAGACUGGCGGCCUGCGGGACCAGGGCUCCCUGUACACGGGUGAAAAAAGAGCGCAAGCAGAUGCCAGCAAGAGAAGUCACCAUCAGUGUUACCAAAAGCAUCCCACAAAUGGACAGAUAUAGAAGAAUUAUGAAGAACUGAGUGAAUUAACUGCGUUUUCAAAUCAAAGAAGAUAGACACUAGCGUCAUUUAGCAGUAUUUUGCUGAUGUCUCAAUAGAAUGUAAAGAAGAUGGAUGCUCCCAAUUGAAUAGGCUAAACUGCUGAGUGCCUUGGGUUACUUUGUGUCUCUUACCUGGCAGCAAACAGUUGCCAUCAGUGUUUGGACAUUCACUGAUCUGUGUUUAUCUAAGGUGUUGGCACAGUACUCCUAUAUGAUAAUAAACUGCUAAUGGGCCAUUUGGUUUUUCUCCCCUCUAUCUAGGUUCUGUCAGAUGUUCUACCCCAGGUCUGACCAUCUGGAAUUUCAGUAGUCUACUGCAGUCACAAGUCACAUUUUGAAAAGGAAAAUGGCAGGGGAAGAGUGUAAAAAUAGGGGAGAGUUAUUACCCAAGAGCAGCCAUUAUUUCUGGGUCAUCACUUCAGUGGUAUUUUUAUACCUGUGUCCCAAAACUUUCAGCAUUUCAAUUGGCUUCAAAACUGGCUUUUCUCCAACUUCCCAAGGAGAGAAACCAAGAAAUAGGAAAUCAUCAAUUUUGUUUUUAUUUCAGCACGAGAGUAAAGAUUCAGAUUCAUCCCAGUGCUAUAAUGAUGUCCCUUUUUCCCAUGGGGAAACAAUCCUUGGAUAGGGGAGGGAAAAUAUUUCCUGUGUCACAAGUCCCACAGCAAACAGGACUUUACAUAAUUGUCAGCUUCUCAGCCUUCUCCUACAGGAGGUGCUAUGUCAGCCCCAAAGAGUAAUUGCAGAGCAUGGGGCCCACUUAGCCAAUCUGGGGGGCUGUUUUGGAUCAUUUGGUACAAAUGAAUUCAUUUUUCCUGUUUACGAAAUCUGUCUUCCAUAAGAUCAGAAAAGUGGAAAGAACAUUGAGCUUAGAGCCAAAUUCCACCUCUAUAACAUGUCUUACCUAUGUGACCAUAGGCAAGUCAUUUCUCUCUCUGAGCUUCAUCUAUAAAUGAGGGAGUUGAAUGAAAUGGCAUAUAUGGUCCCUUCUAGCUCUAAAUCUAUGUACAUGUCAUCUAGAAUUGGAAAAAAUCUUAUUGGUCAAUCAGAUCCAACUCACAUACUUUAUAGGGAAGGCAAUAGAAGCCCAGAGAUAUGAGUAAUUUGCUCAUAUUCACACAAGUUAAGAGGCAGAGAGCUUGGAUUUGAACCUGGAUCCCCUCUACACCUAGCACUCUGUCCCCCGAGAACAAUGGUUCUCAGGAGAGUUGUAAGUAUAUCACUAAAAUGACUAAUCAAAGUCUAUUUAUCAUUAUAUGAAUUAAGAAAUCAAGGAACAUUUCAGUGGCACAAACUGAUUUUCCCCUUGUGCUGCCUUCUAGAUAAAUAACCUAAAGCAGAUCCAAGGGAUUAUGUCAUUUUGGGACCUGGGAAGUCAUCAUGUUAAGAAACUAUCAGAAUAAUGUGCAUUUACUCUUCUUAGAAAAUUUAUACAGUAAAAAAAAAAAAUAAACUUUUGGUAGACAUCUAUUUUCUAGCAAUCCUAUAAAAUGAUGGAGAAAUGUGUAUAUUUAGCUGAAAACAUUUUUUCCCCACCAAUAAUAUUACAUGCAUUUCUAAGCUGUGUAACACACCUGGGAUCUUCCUAAGGGAGAAUAAGAGUUCUUUCAUCAGCUGCUGUUUAAAUAAAUUCAAUUUUUAGCUGAA